AUGGGUAACUGUUCUUCGUUCGAUUCGUCGCAGGUUGAAACAGCUAAGGUUGUCGUACACGACGGAACUAUGAAGGAAUUCUCGUACGCCGUUAAGGUUUCUUAUCUUUUACAAUUAUACCCCGGGUGUUUCAUAUGCGAUUCUGAUGAAAUGGGAUUUGACGACGUCGUUGUAGCCAUGCAUGAAGAUGAAGUUUUGAUACCUGGACAGCUUUAUUUCGCUUUGCCUUUGGACCGGUUGAAAAAGCCGUUACCGGUGAGGGAAAUGGCUGCGUUGGCCGUGAAGGCUAGCUCCGCGCUUAAUGAAUGUGGUGCCGGAGAGAAAGUUGGGUUUCGACGGAAACGGAUUGUCAUGUUUUCUGGUGAAGGGAAGGGGAAGUCUGCUCGGCGAGUGUCGCCGGAUGUUUCUGUUAGUGUUGGUAGGUCGAGGAGCAGGAGAAAUUUUGGUGGCGGGAGAGGGAAGUUUGUGGCGGAGUUGAGUUGUAUACCGGAGUAG